AUGUCCCUCUCCUACGCCGUCAAGAUCAUCCCUUUCUUCGCGUCGCCACAUCUGGCCUCGCUCCUCGACUUCUACAGGACCUAUCUCCCAGACUUUACAAUUCACCCGCAUCCCACUGACGCUGCAGAGCCCACGUUCGCGUCCGUAUGGGCGGGGCCUGGCGCCGCGGCGAACAUCUACAUCAUCCAGGACGAGGAAAAGGUUCUCGGGAGCUGCAUGAUCAUGAUGAAAUCGGUGCCUGCAUUAGAUGAGCUGUACGAAGGCCUUGUCGCCAAGGGAUUGAAGCGAUUGGACGUGAUCGAGUGGACGGGGAUGCCUGUGUCCGCCGACACAAGUGAACCGCAGACGGCUCUGGGACCCAUCGAGGAUAAGUCCUGGGGGUAUCGCCAAUUCGAUCUCGUUGAUCUGCACGGCAAUAUGAUUGUUUUCUUUGCAUUCUUGGAGGGGGAGUAG